AUGAAGUUCUCCCGUUCUUUGAAAUACAAUGCAGUCCCAGACUGGCAGGAUUACUAUUUAAAGUAUUCGCAGCUUAAGAGGUUAAUUUAUUCGUUGCAGUCUGAAGAACUUAAGCUGGAUGCGAGGGAAGGUGAGGUUUUAGGACAGAAGGAAGGUACAGUGGGGCAGAAAGGUUCUAAACUGAAGUCAUUUUUUUGGAGAGGUGGGAGUGGUGAUAAGAAUGAGUUGGAAAGCGGGUUUGAGUUGGAGGACUUUGAGGAGGAUACACGGGAAUUUUCUGGUGACAAGGUAAAGAAGACUAGCAAGUUCCUUUUCGAUGUUGAGAACAGGCGUUCCUCUGUAUCCAGCGGCAAUACUCUAUUUAAUCCGCAGGAGAUAUUUUUAUCAAAGCUGAAUGAUGAAAAGCUGAAGAUAGAUGCGUUUUACAAAAAGUUGGAGGCUCAACUGUAUAAACAAAUUGAGACUUUAAUUAAGGACUUAGAGAAUGCAGGUUCGGGAAGGUGCAGGAGGAUUUCGGAUCAGGAAGAGGCGGCUGAAGGUCUACUGCCUGUGAGCGAGGUGGAGAUUGAGAGUGUUGCUCCUUCGAAGCCCUCAAGACGAUUGUCUCAGAAUGAAGCUCACGAACUAUCUGAUGAGGAAGAGGAAGAAGAAGAAGGGUAUUAUGAGAAUAGUGCCACUCAACAUACUGUAUUGUUGGAUCACUCUGAGUUCAACAUUAAAUCCCAGCAGAGAUCCAUUUUGAAGAAGAAAAUUGUUGAUUUAUAUGUGGAGCUAUCGCAGGUCAAGUCGUUUAUCGAGUUGAAUCGUAUAGGGUUUCUCAAGAUUACUAAGAAAUUUGACAAGACUUUUACAGCAAAUAUACGUUCGCAACUAAUAGAAUCUGGGGAAUUUUUCAAUGACACAUAUGUAUUUCAGACGGAUACUUUAAAGACUUUGGAUGGUCAAAUCAACGAUUUGGUAGAGUUUUAUACUGUUAUCACGGAAUCCAAGGAUGUCGAAGAAUGCAGAAAUAAAUUGAGAUCACACUUGCGUGACUAUAUAGUUUGGGAAAGAAAUACUGUGUGGAAGGAUAUAUUGGGAUUGGAGUCUACUAUAAACAACAUUGUGGCUGUUGGUAAACAAAACGGUGAAAUUUCAAAUGCAGAUAACAUCUUACACAUCGAUUAUUACAGUUAUCAGCUUUCGAAACCAAUUCGAUUUCGUGGCUUGGUGAUUAGCAAAUUAACGAUACCGAAAUUGUUUUUCGGUAUAAGGGCAUUAAAGAUAUACUUGAUUGCACUUUUAACCAUUAUCUUGCUUUGCGUUCAUACAUUUGAUGACAAGGCUCAACAACGCUGUAUGGCAUUGGUCGAAUGUGUAGCACUAUUAUGGGCCACUGAAGCUUUGCCAUUGUUUGUCACUGCAAUGCUGGUUCCACUCUUUGUGGUUCUGUUCCAGGUGUUGAAGGAUGAGCAUGGUACCAUUUUAAGCGCUACAGCUGCUUCAUCCCGCAUUCUUUCGCAGAUGUGGUCUUCAACUAUCAUGGUCUUAUUGGCUGGGUUCACUCUAGCAGCUGCUCUGUCUAAAUAUAAUAUUGCACGCAUAUUUGCGUCUUAUUUAUUGACCGCUGCGGGAACCAAGCCAAGAAAUGUCCUUCUCGUUGUAAUGUGCGUCGUUUUCUUCUUGUCCAUGUGGAUCUCUAAUGUUGCCGCUCCAAUGUUAACUUACUCUCUAAUCCAUACCGUUUUGAGGACGCUAAAUAGCGACACACCGUUCGCUAAGGCCUUGGUUUUAGGUGUUGCUCUUGCCGCUAACAUUGGCGGUAUGUCCUCCCCAAUUUCUUCGCCGCAAAACGUCAUUUCAAUGGACUAUUUGAAACCAUAUAAUGUGGGAUGGGGACAGUUCUUUGCAGUAUCUAUGCCAACAUGUCUUGUUUCCCUUAUUUUAGUAUGGCUGUUGUUGAUACUGACCUUCAAGAUCAAUACUACCAAGUUGAAAGCCUACAAACCGAUCAAAGAUACAUUUACUCUGAAACAAUGCUUCAUCAUUAUAGUAACGUUGGCUACUAUCUUUCUAUGGUGUGUAUUGUCGCGGAUCGAAACAACCUUCGGUUCUGCAGGUCUUAUUGCAGUUAUCCCAAUCAUCCUGUUCUUUGGUACAAGCCUUUUAACGGCACAAGAUAUCAACAACUUCCCGUGGUCAAUUGUCAUAUUGGCUAUGGGUGGUAUCGCGCUAGGUAGCGCAGUUUCAUCCUCCGGCUUAUUAGCCACAAUUGCACGCGCCUUGCAGCAAAGAGUUAUGCACUACUCUCUUUACUCUGUAUUGGUUAUCUUUGGUCUUGUUAUGCUAAUAGUUGGCACUUUUGUUUCACACACAGUCUCAGCUAUCAUCAUCAUCCCUUUGGUCAAAGAAAUCGGAGAAAACUUAUCCAAUCCAAAGGCUGCACCUAUUUUGGUCUUUGGCUGUGCUCUUAUUGCCUCCUGUGGUAUGGGUUUGGCAUCCUCAGGUUUCCCCAACGUCACUGCGAUCUCCAUAACUGAUGAAGUCGGAAACAGAUAUUUGAAUGUCAACACCUUCAUAACCAGAGGUGUUCCUGCCUCUAUAUUGGCCUAUCUCUCUGUGAUAACCCUGGGGUUCGCUAUAAUGAACUCUGUCAUACCUAAUCCAACUUAA